UCCCUCUUUUCUCUCUCUAUCUCUCAAAGAACCUGAAAUGCGAACUCGCUUCCUCAACAUCGACUACUUCACCCCCACUCCACUCCAAACCCUAGAAACCCUAACCUUCCUCCACCUCCCCAUCCCUAACCUCCCUCCUCACCCCAACCUCUCCACUUCCAAUGUCCUCCAAAACCUACGCCUCGAUCCCGUCCUCCAAGUCUCCCUCCAAAUCGAACAGUUGCCGAUCACCGCCGCGCUCUCCAAGUUCUUCUCCGACGUCCUCCCUCAGAACCUCCCCGUCGACAUCGCGGACUUCGAGGCUCCGAAACGGCGCAGUUUCGGUUCCGGCAGCAGUGCUGUUCGGGUUUCGGAGCAGGAAGCCGAUGUUCUCAGAAAAGAGAAGGGACUGCAGAAUCAGAUAGCUGCCGGUUCAGAGUCUCCGGAGACUGAAUUUCAAAAAGAGGAUAGUGGCAGAAGAGAUGGGGAUAGUGAUGCACUCCAGUGUGAAGUACUCCAAUUUGAAACACAAGAGCUGGAUGUAUUCUUGGAAAAUGCUUACAUUUAUGAGAAAGAUGAGGUCCCGAUUCUUUCUGAAGUUCCAGAGGAAACUCUCAAUCUUACAAUGCAGUAUCCUUGGGAUAUUCAUGAAUCGGUGCAUAUAGUUGAAGACUUAAAGUCAGAGUAUCCCAUGGAUCAAAAUGCUUAUUCAUUCGAAGAUGAUGGUUCUUGUCAGGACCAAAUGCCCUCUUAUCAGAUACCUUUUCCUAUGUUAGAAGCAAAUGAGAUACCUCUGCAAAAUUUGACAGCUCUGUCUAUGGAGGAUGAACUUUCUUCUGUUUAUGAAAAUAUUGAGCCACAACAUUUGGUUCAAAGUGAUAACUUAAAUGGCAAGGAGCUUUUGGGUUCAAAGGAAUAUGGGAUGUUAGAGCUUCUUUCAGAUAAUUGUCUAUCAAAGCCGUGUGUUGGAUCUGACCUCGGGUCCCUCAACAUUCCCCCUGAGAUGGACUUGUUAAGCAUGGUGGAGAUGUCCCACAUUCAGGGAAACAUCAUAUAUCAAGGGGCAAGCAUAGGUUCUCGUUUCCAGUCUGCAUGCCCAGUUGUUUUUCAGGAAUUUCAGAUUCUUGAUUUGGACUCAUCCCUAAUUUUUGAAGAACUCUUUAAAGCACAAACAGCAAAUGAACCAGAAACUUGUGACUGGAUGUUUAAUGGAGACAAGAGCUUCAACAAUUUGAUUGUUAGUCCUGAACUAGCCCUGGUUGAUGAUACAUUCAAAUCAUUGCCUGUACCUGUUCUAAAUGAUAAUGAAAGGAUGAGUUCAUCAUAUGUUGUUAUUGAGGAAAAGCUUACUGACGUAAAGCCACAGCCGCUAUCUGCAUCAGAUAGGAUUUACUUGGAUUGGCAUCUUCUUGAGAAAGAUAGCACCUGCCAUGAUUAUUCCUGUCAGAAGAAGAUGUUGGAGGAUAUGAAUCCGCUUAGCAUUGGUUCCUAUUGGGAUUCAUUUGAUGAUGGAAAGUUCUAUGACUUGGUUUUCUCUGAUGAUGCUGUAGAGAACACAGAAGAAAUGGAAUUACAGGUGUUUCUUUCUGAUGCCAUUCCUAUGCUUACUGGUCAUCUUGGAGAUGCUUCAACCAGAUUGUCUUGCGACAAUUUUCCACUGACAAAGAAAGCAGAGCAUAUAGAUAAAAAAGGUUCUGUAGAUGGAUUAAACAAAGAUGAAAGCAAGGAAUUUCAGGAGUUGCUUUCUGAUGGCAUUGAUAUUCAUACCGGUCAUAUUGGAGAUGCUUCAACAAAAUUGUCUGAUGGCAAUUUUCUACAGCCCAAAAAUAGACAGCAGAAAGAGAAAAAGGGUGCUGAGAGGGCUUCAUUUCUUUUCAAGUCUAUGUCACAAUUCAAUGAUAUUGACUUUUUCUUGAAUCCUCGGACGGCCUAUACGGCUGGAAAUAGUGAUUGUGCAGUUACGGCAGUUGAUAAGAUUGCUCCAUGUACCAAGGGCGAACAAUCUCAUUCUAUAUGUGCUAAAGUUGAGCAUAGGAAUGAGCAGAAGUCAAAGGAACUCUUGGACAGUUUUCCGUGUCAGGAAGAGUAUAAUAUGAGAUCUAAAGAGGAUUCGGAUGAAGUUGAAGCUAGCAGUAUCCCCCCACCUAUUCCUUCUAUGCCAUUUGCAAUGGAAGCUGACUAUAUUCAGCAGCGCAUCAUGUCUUUCCCUGAGACGGUCAUUGUUGUAAACACUCAAAAUCUAGAAAAGGAAAUGAUAGUCUCCAGAAGAAGUACUUAUCAAAAAAUUCUUGCAAUGGAGAAAAAAGGUGCACAAGUCGUAGAACGUGAUUCAGAGCUACCAGUGGACGUUGUGCUCAGUCCUGCAGUAUGUUUAGUGUGGUAUGACUGCAGAAACAUUGGAAAGAAAGCAACUUCUCUUGAUGAAGCUUCUUCAUGCUUACCUUUGUGCAUUGAGAACAUCGCCACAAAUGUUUUGACAUUGCUGAGUACUACUUUCAGUAGCUGCAUUCUGGUCUUUGAAGGAGACACCAGCUUCCAGUCCACUGUAAUGGAGUCCUCAGAUGGACUUUAUGCUGCAGCAGCAAGCCUGGGAAUUGAUUUGCAGGUCUUCAACUCCUAUUCAUCCGAGUUGACUGAUGAGAUUAUAUUGAGCUGCAUUGAACAAGCCACAAAGUCGAUUAGGGGCGUAUUUCCUCAAAUGCCUGAAUCAGAAUCUCUUGCAGAAUCAUUCCUUACCAAGUUUCCUUCAGUUAAUGCUUUGUCAGCUCAUGCAAUACUGUCUUCUGGAGUGUCUCUCAUUGAGUUUCUUAAAUGGUCUCAUGAAAAGAGGAUCCAUGCAAUCCAAAAGUAUCAUGUUCCUGAUGAAAGUAUCAGACUAUUUAGUGCUUUAUGCAGAUAUGGUGAACGUGGAGAUUCUAAAUCAAUAAUGACAGACUGCUCCUCUUCAGUGUCUUCAGGGCCAGACUCAGGAAGAUAUAACUUAAAUGUUUCUGAAAGAAAAAGACGAAAGUACAAUUGUAGUCCUGACAAAUAUGACAUACGAAUGAAUGACUCCUUGCAUCUGGAGCCGAUAAACAUAUCCACUGAUGCCAUUUCGGAUCCUCCUGCAGCUUCCAAGCUACAUAAUUCCUGUAUGUCAAAAAGCCCUCACAUAAUUGAUGAGUUCAGAAAGCCUAGAUUCACUCACAAUGAUUUGUUUGAUCAAGAACAGGUUUUGGAUAUGGCUAUGAUGAAGAAUCCUUUUAGGCUUCCCGAGCAAUAUGAUUCUCAGAUCUCCAAAGAGCCUCAGUUAUUAAGUGGGACAAAAAGGUCGGUUUUUUCUUUGAAGGAUAAGAUAUCAGGUCAGAAACAGGGACCAAAUGGGGCUAUGAUGAACACAUUUGAUUUCAGAGACCUGAAGAACUCUGAAAACCUGCAUGAGGAUAUAAAAGGAGAAGUUAUUGAUCUAACAGAUAGUCCUGUAUUUGAUGUGGACUUUUCUUCUAUUGCCAACUCCAUGGAAUUCUCAUCUUUGAUGCCUGAGCUUGAAAUGGAUACCAUGAGAAAGUACAAAGCUGCAAGAAAGUUGUCUUUUGGUUCAAGCAGUCACCGAACUUUCCCAACAGCUGCUGAAAUAGACUCAAGCACAACUAUUUGGGGUCCUGUAAAGGAACCGAGACAAAGUUCGCAAGUUGGAGCCAACAAUUAUGCAGAUACGGAGAUUGAAAAUGAUGUUUUUCCUUCAAGACAACAUAACAAUUUCUUAGAGGAGAGUUUCAGGCAGAGGUCCAGUGGAAUAUCUCAACGGAUACAUCUCCAUGAGAAUGAUAUAUCAGCUUAUGGAGGAACACAGCUCUCAAAUGCUCUCCAUUCAGGCACUCCACAACAAAACAGUCCCUGGACAAUAGAGUUUCUAAACAAAAUCAAGGAAAAGAGCAGGUUGCGCCAGCAGUCCUUUCCACGGGACUUAUCUAGCCCAAUAUUGGGGUAUUCAGGCAAUGCGCCGAAAGUUAAUAAGAGAAGAAGUCCAUCCAUUCUUGAAUUUUUCAAGUAUGAAGGUGGUAACACUCCGAGAAAGUUACCAGAACGGAAAAGACAAAAGCGACCGGUACAACGCUCAUCCAAGAUUGAAAAGAGUUCAGCAUUUCCUCUUACUGGAUUUACACCAGCUGAUAAGAGAGCAAGACAGACACUAUCUUUUGCAAUGAAUAAGAGUGGAAGCCAAACUAAACUUGUGUGGAGUGAUGGAGCUAAUGGUCCGAGCAGAAAGUUUCAGAGUCGUAUAUAAUUGUAAGCUUGAAAUGAAAUUUCUCUGGUUACAG